AUGUCUUUCGAUGAUGUAGAGAUGGUGAAUGUACUGAGACAGAACCUGGUCUACGGUCCUCCUGGGAAAAAAGACAAGAUCAACACCAUGGUGUGUGUUAUGAUUAUCAGGACUCUUAGAAACUGCGACAUGAACGCCAAACGCAUCCUCUCAGAGAGCUGCAUGGCGAAGAUGAAGAAGCGUCUGAAGAAGCUGAUGAUUUCCACUGGGGACCCAGACGGAGUUCUGGUCAUCAUCACCAAAGACAACUUAUCGGACAUCGUGACAACCGUUUCUGAAACUCUGCACCAGCGGUUCGGCUCGUCUGAAAACAUGGUGAAGGCGGCGAUGAGGAGAGACGAGGAGUUUGACGAGGCGCUCAUUGAAGCUCUGGCAGAGCAGCUUGGAGUGAGAAUCCCGGACUGCCACAGACACGAUGCCAGCCCAGACCACGAGUCCGAUUCCCCGUCUCCGGGAUCCAGGCCGACAGCAGACAGCGGCGUCAUCUUCUGCUGUCUGCUCCUGAGAAAUAUGAUCAACGUCCCCGAGGAGCUUUACGAGUUCUUCCCGUCAGAUGUUCGGAAAAUGAUGGUGAGCCGUCUGUGCGGGUUGAUGGUCCAACAGAACCAGAUGACUGCUUCCCAACUCGAGCUGCAGCCAGAAAACCUGAAGCGCAUCGCUGCGGCCAUUUCCAAGGAAAUCCACGAGGCUUUCGGGUCAAUCCAGAAACUUUUUAAAGUCGCUCUGCUUGCAAGAAACAGUUUCGACGUCUUGCUUCUGGAUUACCUUGAAACCAGAAUGAACAUCACAAGGAAACCCGAGAACACUCUGGCCCGGAUGUUUGGAGCCUUCGACCGGGACCUGGAGAACAUCUCCAGGUGGUUCCACCGGCUGCGGACUUCUCGCUAUGCAGGCCUGUUCUGGAGGGGGGCGCUGCAGGCCCGGGAUGACGUCAUCAGGCUGCUGCGGUCCGACAGAACCGGACCGGAGACCCUGGAGGCCCACUACGGUUCUGCUGCCCCCUGCAGGCCGCUGCAGGCGCUGCAGAGGGACGCCACGCUUCUCCAUGGCAACCAGCGCACAGAGGAUGUGUACGAGAGGCCGAUGGCUGAGCUGGACCGUCUGGAGGACAAGCAGAAGGAGACGUACAGGCGGAUGCUGGAGCAGCUGCUGCUGGCGGAGAAAUGCCACCGCCGCACCGUCAUGGAGCUGGACAGCGAGAAGCGGAAACACGCCGACUUCAUCAACAAGAGCGACGACUUCACCAACCUGCUGGAGCAGGAGAGGGAGAGACUGAAGCGGCUGCUGGAGCAGGAGAAGGCCCUGCAGGCCCGGCGGGACCAGGACCAUCGCCGGAGGCUGGACAAGCUGCAGGACGAGCUGGGGAAGCUCAAGUCCUUCACUCUGCUGCUGGCAGACGAGAGGCAGCUGCAUGUCGAACACAUCGACCAGCAGAACCAGAAGAUCCAGAACCUCAGCCAGAAGCUGCAGGACCGGGAGCGGCAGCUGGCCGCAUCCAGCGACGCCGCCCUGCAGGACGGGCAGAAGGCGCUGUGCCUGGAGGCGGAGCUGGAGGCCCAACAGGCGAGGUUCAGGCAGGAGCACCAAGACCUGCUGGCCAAGAUGGCCGACCAGGAGUCCCAGAACCAGCAGCUGAGGCUGAAGCUGGACGGGCUGGCGCAGAGGGCCGGGGAGCUGCAGGAGAGGAACGCGCUGCUGCAGAAAUCUGAGGAGGACCUGCAGCAGCUGAGGGAGAAGAUCAGCAGAGGAGAGCGCGGGAACUCCUCCCUCACCGCAGAGCUGGAGAACCUGAGGAAGAAAGUCCUGGAGAUGGAGGGCAAAGACGAGGAGAUCACCAAGACCGAGACGCAGUGCAGGGAGCUGAGGAACCGGCUGCAGGACGAGCAGAACCGCAACCAGGAGCUGCGGCUGCAGGUGGACGGCCUCCAGAAGAGGAUGGCGGAGCUGGAGAGGCUGGAGGCGGCGUUCGGCAGGAGCCGGACGGAGAGCGCCCAGCUGCACCAAAACCUGGAGAAGGAGAGGAAGGUGGUGAAGGACCUGGGCACAGACCUGGAGCGGCUUCGGUCUCGGCUGAAGGAGCUGGAGUCAUCCGAGUCCAAGCUGGAGACAAACGAGUCGGCCCUCAGAGAGGAACUGCUGAAGCUGAAGUCCUUCACCGUCAUCCUGGCGGACGAGAGGAAGACGAUGGGGGAGCGGCUGAAGCAGGAGGAGCAGAAACACGAAGACUUGAGUACGAUGCUGAAGGCAGAGCAAGGGAAGGUCACGGAGGUUACUGAGAAGCUGAUAGAGGAGAGCAAGAAGUUCCUCAAGUUCAAGUCAGAGACAGAAGUCCAGCUGGAAGGUCUGACUCUGGAGAGGGAGGAGCUCCGAUCGACGCUGAGGAACAGCGAGGAAGAGCGUGACGAGCUGAACGAGAAGCUGAAGAAGAUGGGAGCAGACAGACUGGAGGAGAUGGCCAACAGAGACCGAGAAGAAGACAACCGAGUCCAGAAGCUCACCACUGAGAUAGAGAGGCUUAGAGGCCGGCUGGAGCAGCUGCAGGUGGUGGAGGGAGACCUGAUGAGGUCGGAGGAUGAAUACGACCUGCUGGAGAAGAAGUUCAGACACGAGCAGGACCGAGCAAACAUGCUGUCCAAGCUGGUGGACGAGAUGAAGGCUCAGGUGGCCAGGAGCAAAGCAGUGGAGCGAGGCGAGGCCAAGAGUCUGGAGGCCCAGCUGAGGAUCCGCUGCAAAGUGGAGGAGGCCAAGACCAGAGAGCUGCGGGUCGAAGUCCUAGCCCUCAAGGAGAAAAUCCACGAACUCAUGAACAAGGAGGACCAGCUCUCCCAGCUGCAGGUGGACUUCUCCGUCCUCCAGCAGAGGUUCCUGGAGGAAGAAGAGAAGAAGAGGCGCCUGAGUGUGGAUGUGGAGAACCUCGCCAGGGAGCUGGAGGCCUCGAAGCGCUACAGCCGAGCCCUGAGGCCCGGUGUGAACGGCAGGAGGAUGGUGGACGUUCCUGUGACCUCCACGGCGGUCCAGACGGAGUCAAACGGGUCGGCCGAGGAUGAAACCGCAGCCGGAUUUAUCCGGAAAUCCGUUCAGGAGGAGAACCACCUCAUGAACAACCUCAGACAACACGGCCUGAAGAGGCCCGCGGUUCUGGAUCGAUACCCUCCGGCAUCAGCAGACCAUGGAGGGAGAUCCUCAACACCCUGGAUGGGCAAGAAGGAGGCCGUCACGCCGACUCAGACCAGAGGUUCCUCCUCAAUGUCCCCGAAUCUGGGACGACCUCUUCACAUCCGUGUGACACCAGACCACGGGUCGAGCACGGCCACCCUGGAGAUCACCAGCCCGCGGUCUGAGGACUUCUUCUCCAGCACAACCAUCAUCCCAACGCUUGGUCUUCAGCAGCCUCGCAUCACCAUAGUCCCCAAACCCUCAACUGUCUGUACUGUAAGCGGAGAUCCUGAUCGGGUCAAGUCUCCAGUUACGGUCACCAGCAUCUCUAGGACCAAGAGUCCAGAGAAGCCCAGCAGCAUCGCUGGGGUCCUGCAGUCGCCGGUGUCCAUCAUCACAGUUAGCACCACGCCGGUAGCUGAGGUGUGUGCUUCAUCCGACCCUCACGAGAGCACCACCAGGCGGACACUGAUCAAGAUGACCUCCGAGAAACCACCAGACAGGAAGUUCAACAGCAACAUCAUAACGACGGAGGACAACAAGAUCCACAUCCACCUGGGCUCCCAGUUCCAGAGAAGCGCUGAGGGCAGCAGCAGUCCUGUCAGACCAACAGGAAGUAGCUGCGACUGCCAGGAAACUGGAACGGUGCUCCGCUCCCCACGCCAGAACAAGAUGACCAGCAGUAUAACCAUCAACCCUGUCACCACUGCAGCAUCCAGACCCACACAGUCUCUGCUCAGUUCGGAUGUGCAGUCGGCUCCGAGCGCAGCCUCACGGAUCCCUGUGCAGCUCAACGGGAAGACGGUUGUGGGUGUGUCCGCUGUGACGAGGUUGGAGUCUCGGGCCGAAGGCCAGGCGAUGAAGAUCGAGCUGAGGAAGUCGAGGGUGUGCAGCUCGGCCUCUGCAGCAGCAGGAAAGGGCUGAGAGUCUGAUGAGGAUCCGCUCCCAACACGCGGCUUCAGCUGCUCAUCGGUCACUUCUUCGGUUUGCUGCUUUGAACGGAUGCUGAUCCCAGCCUGGUUCUGUUGGGUUCUGUUGGGUUCUGCUUGUUUGAUGCCACGCUCGCUUCACUGCUGCUCGUGCAGGUUUGGACUUACAGAGGCACCGUGAAACCAUUUCUGACCAGAACCAAAUAAACUAUUUAUCUAAACUUCA